ACGGGAUUCUAAUUAACGUUUCGGGUUGGUGCCGGCCCCCCACAAUGUAAGCAGUCUGCAUACAUACAUACUCUCUGCUACUGCCGAUGGCAUGACACUUAUAUCCGUAAUCCCGACUCCUCAUUAAAGAUAGAUACUAAGAGUACGUCACUUGCCAAAUCUCUCAGUGUUGUAUUUAUUAGCUGGUUCAAAAUUAAAUCAGAAAAACAUCACCAUUUCCUAGUUUUGAUUUUGCAUCAACACCAAUCCCGUGCCCGACUUCGUAAUAAAGAUACAUCGCGUGAGACUAUUCCUGAUCCGACGUGAUGCGUCCAUCGCAGAUACUUCGAAGUGACGACGUGCCUAUCGGCAAAUAUAACCACUAUCUAAACAAAGACAAAUGGGGAAAUCUUGGCUGUAUCAUACCCCAGAGGGGCAUAAUCACAUACGGUCUUAGUCCAAAUCGCCAGAACAUCUUUGCUGGUGCUGCCCACGACGCUGUGUUCAACACUUGGCGUCGGUUCAGCGCACAGGUUCUGUACUGGGCACCACCGCUUCUCGGUGCCUAUUACGCCAUGGAUUGGGCUAUUAGACGAAACGAAUACCUUAAUAGUAAGGCUGGAAGGGCUGAGUUUGCCGGUAGUUAAAGCAUAAGCUAUGAUCCUCAUCUCUACAAGCCUCAUUGUCUACAUCAGGCAGUUGCUGGUAGUACCUAUAUUCUGUAACAAAUCCACCAUCUGAACCUUAGUUAUCUUGCUAGAAAUUGGUUACCACAAUUUAGCUAAGUAGUACGGCUCGUUAAGUGGCAAAUUAAGUAUCUAAAGUGUGAUGAUAAUAAAGUGGCUUACUAGGCUAGACGUGUUAUAAAUAAAUAAAAGAAAUAACAACUUAAAGUAACCAAGUGGUACUCCAUGUACGACCAGUCAUAUAUGUGCUAAAGAUCUAAGUGUAUGUAACAGCUUGUUUAUUAAGGCUGUAAAUUUGAAGGUAACGCAAUGACAUCACCUCGAAGGGCUGGGUCUGUGACAACUGCUGUUCUAAUAAAUUCGAUAAGUGCACCGGAAAAUAAGAUUUCGUUGGCGUUGAUCGUUUAGUUCCUCUUAUAUUGUCGACAGAAUAACAUUUGCAUUGGUAUAAGAUCAGGUAUAUUCGGUAAAUGAUGCAUAACCUCGGAAGCUUAGUAACAUGAAACCAGCUCGUGCU